UUACGCGCCGAAUGCCCAAGAGGGCGGUGAGUUUUCAUCCCUCUUCAGUCUGGCGCCGCGUGCGAUCACGGUUAGUAGCUUCUGUGGCAAUCCGAUUAAUUUGUUCCUCGUCAACCUCAACGAUUUCAUCGAAAUAUCACGCUCAUUCGUUUCCUUCAAACAAGGCAAAACCCAAAUAAAAAUCAUCAAUCAAAAACAAUGGCGGUAUCAAUUGUUUCCCCUUGAAAAAAAAAAGAGUUCUAGAAAUGUUUGAGUGACGCUUGUUCGAACAAAAUUGUUUCUCCGUAAAGAUUAACUUUGGCUUGGGUGAUGGAAGGCGUGCUCACUUUACAAUACGUAAUAAAAAUGUGUUCGAUUGAUUUCAGAUAGCAUUUAAGUUUGAAUGACACGUGGUUCAGAACAGUGAAUUCGUCUCAUAAAAUUUCCACCUCCUACGACAUUUUUAUUGCUCUCAUUCGCCUCCCGCCAAGCACUGUCAACACUCGCUAAAAAGUCUCAGAUGAGGUGACCAAUAAGCCCAGUGUAACCAUCAAUCUUUAAACAUUGAGUACUAAAUGGAGAGAAGAACAUUGGGAAUCUAUGGAGCCUCCACUUGGCCCUCAUUCAUAAUGUUUCAUCGAUUUCAAACGAUUAAAGAAAAAUCAGAAACUUGAACAUCGCGAGGAAAGUCGAAGAAAAAAAUAAUUCCCUAGACAUGAGUAUCAGGUGGUAUGCCGGGGUUGUACUGGCAUUGUGGUACAUCUCGAUCAUAGUAAAUACGGAGGAGCUGCAAAUAACAAAGCCGAAGGAAGUUUUACGCCAUCAACAGACUCAUCGGCCAUCCUUUAUCGAUCGUCGAUUAACCCAAGACACAAAGCAGCUCCAAAUAGAGGUUGAGAAGCAACAGGAGGCGAUAACAAUUGUACAACCCGAAACAUCAAUAGAAAAACCACAAAUAAGACACGGUAGAUCACGUGGGCAUUUCAGUAGAAUAAAAUCAACAAAGGAGCCAUCGCAUGUCCAAACUUACUCGGAGGGUGCUCAAGUCGGCAAAGUUACGCCCCAGGAUAAUGGCUUGUCGAUGGACCCCAUCCGUCAGAAACUCUCAAGAUUUGCCAACGACACACUCACGGACUUUGACUUUGAGAGUUCCACAAUGACAAACAUGACGUUCAACAAUUCAACACUACCACGUGAAACGUAUAUUCAGUCACGAAAGUACGGCCAGGUUGUUGAGCAAUUCAACGGUACACGCGCCACUGACUACCUCCGUAAGUUACGUAAAGUGGGUGCAUCGAGUGGUGAUAGAGUGAGCAAACGGAAUAGAAAUAUCAGUAGACACGAUAGCUACGGUAUCGUCAAUCAUGAACAAGUGGACGAUGAUAGGUACACUUUUGAUGAUAUGUUUGCUAAAUUUGAAACCGAGGAGUAUGAUUAUGAGGACGAAGUGAUGAAGAAAAGUAACACAAGUGAUGGUGGUGUUGAUUAUCGUGAUGCUAGUAUCACAAUUGAUAGUACGAAGCGGGAUAAAACCAGUGUACCGGAUGAUGUGGUUAGCCGGUUUCUACGCAUCAUUGAGAAUCAGCAUUUAUUAGGCGAAAAUUGUACAGCUGGGACGGACUUAAAUCUUGGGGAAGGAGUGGUUGAUCAGUAUGCACAGGAGCGAUUCCGAUUGGAAGCUAAUUUGGCUGUUAAUAGAGCCAAUAUGCUCACCAGACUGUGGAAAUAUGCACCGAGUGUGAUGGUAUCGUCUGAGUAUCUGCUCCACGCUAGUGUACUUUCAAUGGUUGAAUUUGACGAGGAUAUAUUUGCCGCUGGCAAUUGCUAUGACAAAAUGCAGUACAAGGAGAGAUGGCUGUACUGCCCAUUCGCUCACAGACUCCAAGAUCAGGAUGGUGUUCUCGUUAAGGAUCUUGCAGUUGAAUAUAAAUAUCUGACAAACAGCAGCGAAUGGUUUUUCAUCGCACGAAAGAAUGCCGAACGGGUCAUCGCCAACAACAAUCAAUUCAGUCGGGGCUAUCACACUUAUACACUCAACGAUACGUUCCACACCGAUCGCAUUGAGGAUGAAAUUCUUACGGUGAAAUACGAGGAUGGCCGAUGGUCAAAGCCAUAUUACGACUGCGGUGGUGGAAACAUCUGGAUGCUGACAUAUACUGUACCCUUUUUUGGAUACGCCAACGAUUCGUAUUUUUUCAAAGGCACUAGUGGAAUCGACAUUGAUUUGAGGCGGGUGGAUAUCGACCAGUGCCCAGUACCACUCGGCUCUUCAGCCAUCAACAUUUUUGCUGCCAGUGAUAAAUGUAAAAAGCGCACAACUGAGUGUAUCGCAAUUCCCGGCCUUGGAUUCCGACGAGGGAGCUAUCGGUGUGUAUGUAAACGGGGAUUUUAUUAUCCUGAUACAAAAUCGUUGGAGCGAUACUAUAAUGGGACAGUUAUUGAGGAGGAGUUUGAAAAACUCAUGGUGGGUGAGGAGAGUCAGUAUUCAUUGGAUGGUAUAUUCGAGUGUCUACCUUGUGCUGAGGGUUGUGAGUCGUGUGAAGAUGGCUCACCCUGUGUCGUAUCCCUAAAUUGGCUCAUGAGAACUGCUAUUCUUAUACUGGAAUGCUGUGUUAUUGCCUGUCUACCGGCUGUCAUCCUUUUCACAUGGAAAUUCGGCAACGUCAAGGUAGUGAAAGCUGCCAGUCCGGUGUUACUGCGAGUCAUACUACUUGGCGCAUUCUUCAUCUACUGCACGACGAUCGUUAUGUAUCCGAGACCCAAUGUAGUCACCUGCACUGUACGUGUUUGGUUCCGGGAAAUUGGUUUUUCCCUCACCUACGGUGCACUGAUGCUGAAAACAUGGAGAAUAUCGGUUAUAUUUCGUGUGAGGUCAGCAAAGGCAGUGAAGAUAACGGACAUGAACCUGCUGAAACGGCUUGGAAUAAUAGUUACGAUAUUCACUGUAUUUCUUGGAAUUCGUACAGUUGUGGCGCCACCGGUUGUUAUUGUUGGACGUACUGCCGACGAUCUCAAAGCUUAUCUAUGCCAAACUGACUGGUGGGAUCACAGUUUUACAACGCUUGAAGUGAUGUUCCUGGUAUGGGGUAUAAGGCUGUGCAUCGUCGUUAGGAAAGCACCCUCAGAAUUCAACGAGAGCCGUUUCAUUUCGAUGGCCAUUUACAACGAAUUCCUUCUGUCAGUCUUCCUGAACGUUUCAAUGCUCUUUCUUCAGUCACCCGCUAAUCCAGACUUAUUGUACAUCAUUUUCUUCUGCCACACACAACUCACUGUGACUCUUCUACUCUGUUUGAUAUUCGGUAGCAAGGCUUACGUCGUAUUUCGUGGCGGCGGUAAGGACGACGCAAUUGGAAAGCUUCCAGGUACGACGGGUAAAUUUAUUGGCAAAACGUGUCGGGCGCAGAAGGCCAGCAACCAAACCCACUCAAUUUCCUUGCAACAGGCUAAUUUCACUGAGGAAGGCGACGGUAUUAUGGAAGAAUUUCGACGUCUCUAUGCUCAACUUGAAAUACUCAAGGAGAAAAAUAUGCGCAUGGGUAACCGACACUUGACUGCCAAAAUAUUGGCCAUGCAGGAGGCAGCUAAUCGUGCUGAAACGCAGAUAUCCACGAUUCAAGCCAUCUCCUCGACCUUGAGAUUGAAUGACAUAAGUGUCACCACCGUUGAGGAAUCUACUCUGCUGUUCAAGAGUGGAAGUGAGUCGGGUGUGGAGAGUUAUCGCGAAGCAGAAGCGAGGAAUGGUAAGUCAAAGAAAUUAUUAUGUCAAAAGUCGACAGACAAAGACAAUUCACAAGGGAGCGACGAUGUGCCAUCGACAUCAAAGGACAAAGACAUUGCUGAAAUAUGCAAUGAAAAAACCACCAAGAAUGUCGAUGAGAACCAACAAAAUACCAGUGAUUGUGAUAUUAAGAAAACAACUUCGGACAGUAGUGAGUUGCAUGUUGCGACGGAUAAUGGUGAAGUUGUUGCUGAAAUAGAUACCGAGGAAAAUGACGAUGUGGAGGUAAACAAAUCAACUCCUCCUACACUCCCUACACUCCCUAUCGUUAUAAAUCUUGAGGACAAUAGUAGAUAUUCGGAGGAAGUGAUUGUUUAAUUUAAAUAUUUGAAUGUCAUCCGUAUUUAAUGUCUCAAAUGAUUUUGAGAAUUCAAUUUUGCAAAUGGAUCGACGGAUAGCAUUAUUUAAAAUGCUUCAAAUUUCCAGUCUUUUAGCUCAAUUAGUUCCGUUACAUAUGGAGAUGAGUUUUUCAAUUUAUACGUGCGAAAUUGGUUGAAAUAUUUUUAUCUGAGUGUUGCUGGGAGAUAUUUCAUGAAGUAUGAUUGAAUGUACAUAAAUUGCAUAGUUUAAUAUCUAUUGCUGAAUUUACUCACUCCUUUUUUAUAUGGCUCUUCCUAGAAAAUAUUUUAUUCGAGUGAUGCGUAACGUUAAUUACAUAUACAAAGACAUCCAACGAUUUCAAUAAAAAUUUAACUGAAUAUCUACUGUGCGAUCAACUUGUUUCCUGACUUAAAGAAUUCUAUGGUCACCCAUUGGCCCCUGUGAAUAACACUGUAUAUAUAAUCGUGACGAAUUUAAUGUAUAUAUAAUAUAAUAAUGAAUACUUCAUCUAAAAAAUAUUUAUUCACAAUAUAUUUGAGAGAUUAUCGAGGAAGUAUUGAAGUUGAUAUGGAAUAGAAUAGAUAUAUGCGUGUGACUUUAAUUAGUUUUUAACCUUGAUGUACAAUUUUUGUAUAUAAUCUAUGACUAAAUACUUAUCGAGUGGAAUAUUUUUGCUGAAUACCACGGUAAACGUAAUUGAGAAAAAUGAGCAAGCUUUCAUUUGCAAGACAAUGGGUAGAUUCUCAAUAGAUAGCCGAGUAGAGGAGAGAUCUUUCGUAUUAUGUCUGGCCCGAUGAAAGUUUGUUCUCCUGUCAGCUGCAGUAUGAAUUGUACGAAUUCCGUCGUUCACUUUAAAUCAUUGGGUUACUGUACAUAUCAAUUUGAAUCGUCUAAUUAAGGAUGAGAACCGUAAUUACGACAAUGAGAGGUAUUUGUUUUCAUUGGUAUUCACGAAUAUCCAAGGUCACGGUCUCGACGGAUGCCUUGAUUUGAGCCCUAAUAAAGGAAUCCCUCGCAAUUGUCACUCUUUAAACAAUGGGAUGGGAUUGGGAUCACUGGCUCAUAUAGCCGACUGAAAUUGAAUACUAUUCAGAAACAGUUUGAUCUGGUUCUGGUAUUAUAUGUAUAUAUAUAUAUACAUUUAUACUCGAACUCUCAGAUGAUGGAGCUUUAGUUUUUUUUUGCCUCGCCGUAUCGUGAAGUUUUAUAAUAAAUUGGAAACCUCACUUGAACUAACAAUUUGCUCUAUCCUGAUGAAACUCGAGUUUUCAAUUAAAGAUUGUAUCCUUACGGAUCUCGAGAACGUAGAGAAUUCUACUCUCAACGACCUUGUAGAGGAUUUUCUCAUCGAUGGCAUGCAUUGGCGAUGAAAAAAAAAUUGAAGAGUAUAGGGGUUGGAGAAAGACUGUAGCCACGUCGGAUAAUCCAUUUUUUUUUAAUUCUUGGUAUUGGAGUAAAAAAGCAGCACGAAGAUGCCGCUGAUUUUAUUUUUAGUUCGAUAUCUUAUAAGUAAAUUGUGGAAUGAUGUUUACGAAUUGCUGCGACAAUUUUAGGAAAUCAACGAUACAGAUGGUAUAUUAUUUGUAGAAAAGUGAUGGCACUUUUUGGGAAUAAAAAUCCAUAAUAUUUGACAAUUGCUCAUGUCACUAGCAAUAGAGAAAAAGGUCUGUAAAUACAGUGUAUAGUACAUCCAUUUCGUCAUGUGUGACUCGCACUUGAUGAUAAAUUAAAUGCAUUCGCAUCGAUGGUCAGUAUAUCGGAGUCAUAUCAAGUGUUCAAUUACGGGCACAUUGAAAAUUCUUUUCUUCAUAAAUUAAUUGCAUCAGUGAUAUUGAAAAUUAUGCUACCGUAAAUAAUUGAAAAUGUCAAUUGAAUGAUUUUGGAAGUAUAUGGGUACAGCACAACUGACCGAAAUAAUAUUGAAAUUAUUCUGAAUUAAAAUAAUUUUAUCGAAUGCUCCCAUAAAUGGAUAUAUAUGUAAAUCAAGCACAACUGUUAUUCAAUAAAAUUAACAUGUGCUUCACUGUCAGAGAGAAGUGAGAUAUCAAAUCUCCUGGAAAUAUCAACUAUCAAUUGUCCAAUGUGCAUACACACAAAAUCAAAUUUAUUGUCAUGUAAUUACGAAAUGUAUCUGAAAGCUGGUUUUGUGGCGCUAAACUGAAUGUUAUGGGUUAUGAAUAAAAUACCACAGAUUGGAAAAUGAAAGUGAUUAAUGUUCUACGAACAAAUAUUCAUUCACUGUUUUAGGCUUUAAUGCGAAAUUCCACGAACGAACCAAAGAGUUUUCAUUAUUUUCCGAAUUAAAAUGAGGAUAUGAUGAUGCUGAGAUAGUGAUCCAUUAUAAAAUACUCGGGAAUACUGGCAGACUGCCAAUAUUGUGAGAAUACAGCGUACCAACGGAGAGCUGAGUAGCAGUGUUCAUUAAAUUUAUAAAAAAUGGGAUAAAUGAGAUUUUAAUUGAAGAAGUGACCGUCUAGAGAGAUCCAUUCCCCUGUCUUCUCUUUUAAACCCUUCAGCUAGAGUA